AUGGACAUUGCCGCCGAGCCGGUCUUGGCGUCGCUCCAGCGCUUCGAGGACGCCGCCGUGGCGCCGUCACCUGCGAGCGAGCCCAUGACGCUGGGCGAUGACAGCAGCUACCGCGAGAGCACGCUGGGCUACGUGCUGCCCUUUCUCUCGGUGCCCGAGCUCUUUGUAGUGACGCAGCUCAACAAGGAGAUCGAGCGCUUCUGCGAGGUCGAGUGGAAGGAGCGCGUACUCGGUCUCUACGGCCACGUGCGCUACAGUGCGGCGUCGUACCGGCGCAUCUUUGCGCUGCGCACCUUCUUCUCGCGCAAACUUGCGUCCAACGUCUCGGCGCGGGUGUACCUCAUGAACGCAGCUGGCGACACGACCUUCUUCCGGAUCGACCACGGACGCAGCCUCAUGUGCUCGCGCGAGCGCGCGUCCGUGUACAACCGCUGCGAGCGCAUGUUUGACCUCUCACUCCGCAUCAACCGCUCGAUCCAGGAGAUCUCGGCGCUCAUCGGCCUCGUCUCGCUCGACGAAGCGCGCGACUUGCUCAACGAACACAUGAACCUCAUGGCGUCGGUCGCUGCGCUGCGCGGGUCGCUUCUCUUUGAGAGCGAGCUCUUCCAGGUGUUUCCGGCGCCCGUGCUACUGGACGCCAACGUGCUUUUGCGCGGCAACCACGCGCUCGACGACCCGUCGUUCCAGGGCGUGCCCCUCAUGAUGCAGCUCUGGGUCUCGCUCGACUCGGUCGUGUACCGACCGCUCUCAGUGCCCAUCAUGCUCGACUGCAACGAGCUAGCGACCGGGCACAAGACGGUGCGCUUCCACGAGCUCGCCGGGAUGACCAUCGACAUUGAUGACAACAGCAUCCGGCACAACUUGCAGCCCAACCACUUGUGCAUGAACGUGCUCGCGAGCAACACGUACCUUCUCUACCUCUUCAACCCGACGUCGUUUCGCCCGCUCGACUGGAGCUACGAAACCGGGCUGCGCAUCGCGGGCCACACGCAUCUAUUGCCGCAUCAGAGAGAAGGCGUCUUCCUCAACGGAGCCUCGAGCGCCCUUCGCGUCUUCCUCUCGUACGGCAAACUCGCCGACGACCGCGCGGGUGGCAGCGCGAGUGCGCCGCUCGGGAUCGCGUGCAGCGAAGGCGACGUAGCCUUUACGUUUAGCAUCAUUGCGUGCAACCGGCUCACGCAAGCGAAGCGGCUCGUGGUCUCGCAAGCGAUGCGGCUGUCGUUGCCACCGGCACAUCGGUCGGCCAAGACGGAGCGGCACGCGCACCUGGCCAACGACGCGGUCAUUUGCUACAGCUUUGAUGCGGCCAACGUGCUUCAGUACGUCGAGUUUGCGAUCGGGUUUGAGGCGCUUCUCGACGCGCUCGAUAUUGCGUCGUUUGUUCUUCCCCAACCCUAG